UUGACCCGCUAUCAAUUGAGUUUGAAAAGUGACAAGAAAAUGUUGCAAAACGACGCAGUGCGCACUUUGCAAUAUGAUAGUGAGAUUCGCGUGGCCCAGCAGCCGAGUCCCACAGAACCCAGAGUUUACGACUCCCACAUCAGCAUUACCUCACAACCCCGUCCAGAGGCUCCCCGCAUACCCCUACCGGUACCCAUUGCCACCGUGACCGGAAGUCGAACCUUUAUUCCCCUUUCCGGAUACGAUUGCCUGGCGGAUCUACCUUCGGUACACAUUGAACAGACCUUUGAGCUGAAUGAGGCUCUCACAGGCGUUUCCUCAGAGAAUCGCUAUGUGGUGCGAUCACCGUUGGGCGAUGCCAUCUUUGCGGCCAGCGAGAGUUCCACAGAGAAGAAUCGACUUGUCUGGGGAGCCGGACGCCCUUUCCAGAUGCACCUGUUGGACAAAACCCACCAGGAGGCUCUGGUUUUCCGCAAGAAAUUGGCCUUAGGAUCACUAUGUUGCCAGCCCAAAAGCUUGGAGGUUUGGAUACCACCGGGUAAUGUGCUCGGCAGAGUGGUGCAAUCUCCAACCUUCACGCAGCCCCAGUUCUUCAUCGAGGAUGGAAACACCGGAGAGCCUGUGUUCUGUGUGGAGGGUCCACCCAACUCCGGAUUCUGUUGCUUCUGUCUGCCUAGGGAAAGCUACUUCAAGAUCAAUUCCGGGGGCAAUAUGAGGGCCUCCAUAGACCACAAGUGGGUGACCAGCAAGUCUCAGUACACCACAAAUAUAUACUUUAGCGAUUCAAAGCUGACGUCCAAGGAGCGGGCCUUGAUACUGGGCUCAGCCUUUCUACUGGAAUAUCUGUACUUCCAAACCCGCUUCUGAGCUAAAACAUUUCAAUAAACUUUAUUUUGUAUA